ACCCUGAGCUUGGCCAGGGAGCAGGACAGAGCCAGCAGGAAGGACGGGAAGCCCCAGGACAACCAGACGAGAGGAAUGAGAGUCUCAACAUGGACACCGCUCUGGAGACGAGCCAGCAGAAGGAGAAGCUUCUGAAAGCCCUCUACACCCUCCAGCUGAAGUCAAACACCACGCUGCAGACGGCCAGCCCGCUGCUGAGCAGCCAGCAGGGCAUGGGCAUGGUGACAGAGCUCCAAGUCCAGCAGCUGGCAGACAAGACCAAAACCCUGUGUAGAGACCUGGACGACAUCAAGAACCUCCUCCACUAUCGUCAGGAUGAGCUGGUCAGGCAGAUCCCCAACCCCACUGGCAGCCGUUAUGGGUGUGUAAGUGGAAUCCAUUGCUCCCGGGAUGGCUCUAUCUAUGUGACAGCCGAGGCUGCUCCCUGGGUGCAUGUGCUCAGCAGCACGGGCCAAGUGCUGAGGUCCCUGCCCUGCUGGCAAACGGGGAGGGAAGGUGGCAGUUUCUUGCCGGAGGAUGUGACUGUGACUCGGGCAGGAAUGGUGGCCGUAGCUGACAUGAUAAAUGGGGCUGUGUGGGUCUUCAAUCCUCACACCACCCCCUCCAAAGGGGAAUGGAUAAAGAUCGGGAAGCUUGGCUCCCCCAGAGGUGUUGGAGUGGACUCCACGGGUAAGAUCUUAGUAGCAGACUAUGCCCAAGGCCAGGUCUGCAGCUUUGCACUGGACCAUGCCUUCAGGACACUGAACAUCUGCUCGGUCCCCAACCUGCAGGGACCUCGUUAUGUCAGCCCAGCACCCAACGGAGGCUUUGUGGUAAGUGAGGAAUGCGGAGACGUCAAGGUGUUCACAAGCAGUCAUAAAGCCAUUUGCUCCCUCAGCAGCAAAUACGGACACCGGUUUGGCAACCCGGCGGGGGUGUGUGUGGAUGCAGAAGGCAGCGUGGUGGUGGCAGACGAGCAGCACCGCACCGUCCAUUUGUUCCCACAGAGCGGGGCUCCCAUCUGCCUGGUGUCCACAGGGCUGCGGAGGCCGGCUGGCGUGGCCUGCUCCCCCUUCGGGCACCUCUUUGUGGCAGACACAGGUGAGAACUGUGUGAAAGUCUUCAAGUACCACGUGAGGCCCCGCCAGCCCUUGGGCACCUUGUGACAGCCUUCAGAGCAGGGCCUGCUCCACCACAACCCUGCUGAGCUUUGGGUCCGCCGGUGGGUUGCAAAUGAAGGCGUUCCCGUUGUCCCCACACUCAACCACGUUGUCGCCAUCCAGCUUUUCCAGACGGCAGAAACAAGGACUACAGCUCCACGCUUCCUGGGUCCACCAGAGGGCUAAAGGACUGAGAUAGGCCUCCCCAGGGGCCUAUCGCCCUCAGACACAGGGCUUGGGUUUGGGCGGUGCUGUGUGGAGCCAUGGGUUGGUAUCCGUGGUCCUUGUGGGUCCCCUCCAGCUUGGAAGAUUCUGUGGUUCUGUAAGGAUGGCGGUGCGUUGGAGCCUCGGAAACUGAUCGCCAUCCUCCCGUGUGUCUUCUCAAUGAAAUAAUUACUUCUCUUCCACACGCA